GCUCAUUUCCACUUACCACUUUGCUGUUUAUCUUUCCGUCCAAUUUUUUCUUCCUCCUUCGUUGUGUUAAAUUUGUCAACCAAAUUGAGAAAUCUCACUUUAGACGUGCGCUGCAUUCUAUCUUUUUCCUUUUCCUUUUCCUUUUCUUUUUCAUUAUCCUCUUUUGUAUUUGUAAAUUUUAUUGGCAUAUACCCACCGUUCUUCACUUUCCUGUUCUCAAUUUGGUAUAUGGCAGGCCCUUGCUCAAACCACUAAGACACACACACACACACUCGCACAAAAACACAGGUUAUAUCAAUUGAACGAUGCAUGAGCGAGACCACUACUGGGCAUCGGGCGGCAUCCCGCCCCACCGCGAAAAGGAUCACACCGAUAAAGCACCAACAGAACCAGGGGCAGCAGAAAUGAAAACAUCAGUGGAGGAAAGUUUUUCACAUGAUAAGGAAUGCGUAGUACAGGCAUUGAUAGCAGACAUCAAGACAACAGGGGCGCUUCUUCCCAGCACUUCAUCGGCGGUGCAUACAACAGACUCCGACACAGCAAGCGAGGCGCCCUGCAAGGCGGAAGAAAGCAAGUGGCAGCAGUCGUUGAAGAGCUCUAUAGCGGGUGCGGGGGCUGGGUGCGUGUCCUCUGUGGUGACGUGUCCGCUGGACUUGGUCAAGACGCGGCUGCAGUACCAGGGCGUGCUGGAGGCCAAGUACAGCGGCAACAGCGGAGGCAUUUCAGGGUAUCGGCCAUACGGGGGGACUGUGAAUACACUGAGGCGGAUUGUGGGCGAGGAGGGGGUGCUCGGGCUGUACCGCGGGCUGGCGCCGAUGCUGAUGGGGUACUUGCCGACGUGGGGAAUCUACUUUACGGCGUACGAGGCACUAAAGCGCGAGGUGCCGCGGCAGUUCCCCACGGUGAGCAACACGGGGGUGCAUGUCGUGUCGGCGAUGGGCGCGGGGGCGACAACGUCAGUGCUGACCAAUCCGAUCUGGGUGCUCAAGUCGCGGUUCAUGACGCAAAGCAAGUUCACCGAGUACCGGUACUCCAGCAUGUGGGACGCGGUGACGGUCAUUAGGCGGACGGAGGGGCUGGGCGGGUUCUACAAGGGGCUGGGCAGCAGCCUGCUGGGGGUCACGCACGUGGCCGUGCAGUUCCCACUGUAUGAGGCGCUCAAGGCGUGGAUGGGCGUGGACUCGUCGCACGUGGAGUCGUCGCGCAUCCUGGCGGCGUCGGCGGCGUCCAAGAUGGUCGCGUCCAGCGUCACGUAUCCGCACGAGGUCAUCCGCACGCGGCUGCAGAACCAGACGCGGGCGCCGUUCAAGUACGCGGGCAUCUGCCAUGCGGUGGUGCUGAUCUACCGCGAGGAGGGCGUGCGGGCAUUCUACCGCGGGCUGGCCACCAACCUGAUCCGCACGGUGCCAGCCAGCAUGAUGACUCUUCUGACGUACGAGCUGCUGAUCCGAGUGCUUUGAGGUGGGGGGGGGGGGUGCGGAUUAAUAAUCAAAAUCAAAUUAAAAUGAAAGCUCAGGUGCCCAGGGGGGCGAUUG